GCUUAAAGAAAGACUCAAUCACGUAAUGUGUUUUAGUUACUUUUUAAAAUUGUGUUUGGAGCACCACAGUAAAAUGUUACGUGGAGAAGUGAUCUACUGCUGAGAUGUAUAAUAUAAGAAGAUUAUAUUGAUUUGAGUUUGAAAUAUAGGUGACUGAAGAGAAGAUGGCAGCAACAAGAAUUCAAGAAGAAAUGGAGGAACCCACAUCUUUACCAAUUAUGCCCCUUUUGACACCUUACAAGAUGCAAAUUUUCGAUCUCUCCCACAGGAUUGUGUUGGCACCUCUGACAAGGAUGAGAUCGUACAAUUUCACCGCUCAACCAGAAGCUAUUUUAUAUUACUCUCAAAGAACAACAACCGGUGGUUUCUUGAUCGGAGAAGCCGCUGCUAUUUCAGACUCUGCUCAUGGUCUUCCGAAUAGUCCUGGAAUUUGGAAAAGAGAACACGUGGAUGCAUGGAAGCCUAUUGUGGAGGCUGUUCAUCGGAAAGGCGGCAUCUUUUUCUGCCAACUAUGGCAUGCCGGAAGAGCUUCUGAUUUUUGUUUAAUGCUGAACGGGCAGCCUCCCAUUUCUAGUACUGACAAGGCAAUAGGAGCUAAGGUUUUCAUAGAUGGCACUACUCCGGCAGACUUCCCGGCACCUCGGCGGCUCAGGGAAGAAGAGAUCCCUCAGAUUGUCAAUGACUUUAGAAUCGCUGCAAGAAAUGCUAUUGAAGCAGGUUUUGAUGGUGUUGAGAUCCAUGGAGCCAACGGUUACCUCAUUGACCAGUUCUUAAAAGAUACAGUGAAUGACAGAAGGGAUGAAUAUGGAGGGAGUAUGGAAAAUCGUUGUCGGUUUCCCUUACAAGUAAUUAAAGCAGUGGUUGAUGAGAUUGGAGGCGAUAGAGUCGGCGUUAGACUUUCACCAUUUGCUAAUUAUAACGACUGUGGUGAUUCUGACCCUGAAGCACUUGGCCUAUUCAUGGCUGAGUCGCUAAACAAAUGUGGAAUUUUGUAUUGUCACAUGAUAGAGCCGAGGAUGAUCACACAGUUUGAGUCAGAGCAGAUCAAAUAUAGUUUGUUGCCAAUGAGGAAGGUAUUCAAGGGAACUUUUAUUGUGGCUGGAGGUUAUACAAAAGAUAAUGGGAACGAAGUUGUUAAAAAUGGAGGCGCUGAUUUAGUUGCAUUUGGACGCUGGUUUCUGUCCAACCCCGAUCUACCCAAGAGAAUCGAGUUAAAUGCGCCGCUUACCAAGUAUGACAGAAGUACAUUUUAUACAUCUGAUCCUGUGGUUGGAUACACAGAUUACCCAUUUCUUGAAGCUGAUCACUAAUGUCUUUCACAAAUCUAUUUGAUACACAGAUUAUCCAAUUCUUGAAGCUGAUCACUAAUGUCUUCACGUAAACUAUCUUCUAAUUCUCAAAAUUAUCAUUCAGACAAUGUAUUCUUCUGGUGUCACAAAUUUAUCUUAUAUUGAUUAUGUUCAA